CUUAGUUUUCUGUGACAUAUAAUAGAUAAAACUAGUAAUUACUGCACAAAGGUAGAUUUACGUAAGCUAGAGCUGAGAACACGAGCACAAGGUAUAUUUCUCUCCAAGAAGAUUAUGGUUUUAUGACAAAAUAUAAAACUAGGGUAACGAACAGCGUAAAUAUGGCGAUCACUAGAAAGAGUCUUCUUCAAUUUCGUCGAAACCAAAAAAUAAAGUCUUCGUAUCAUAGGAAAUCGUUUAGGUGCAAUGGUUGUCAGAAGUCAUUCUUGGAUCAGGCCAAACUGAUUCGUCACAAGAAAUUAACACUGGUCAGUGUCCCAGAUCGCUGCGGAAGAUGCGAGCUAAAACUUUCUUCUAAUUCCAACGAAGAUAACCUCUACAUAAGUCCUGUCAUGUCACCUUUUUUACGACGUCAUGCGAUUGUUACAAGAAACGUUUCGCCGAAACGAGAACAAGUCUUUUCAGGUUACCCUGAGGACGGGAUAAAGAGUAAUGACGAAAAUGAAGGAGAAGUCGCUGAGACGUGUCAAGAAUUAGAAGAAACAGGACACAAGAACGUUUUUCAUUUAACCCUGAGAAACAACUGGUCAAAAUUAGUCACAGAUAAAAUAUCAGCUCUGGUGUUCUCUCUAGCACUGAAGGGUCAUCACCAGUGUCCGAAGUUUGUGGGAUUUCACUUCUAAGCCAUGGCAAAACAAAAAAAAAGAUAUAUUUUUUUACGAUUUUCUACAAACUCCUGUGCCACGACUACAGUUACAAUGACUUUCUUUCUUUCAGUACAAGUCAAUCUUAUCUUAUUCGUAAACUAAUUCUGAAUUAGAGUGCUCAAACAACCAUUAUGAUCACUUCAAAUGAAAGAUCUAAAAUGUAUAAUACUCCAAGAAAACUAAUCACAUCUUCACAACAGUAGAUUAAUACUAAUAUUAUUUUUUACCAAAAUACGAGACUAAACUAUGAAAUCACAUCUUCACAACAGUAGAUUAAUACUAAUAUAUUAUUUUUUACCAAAAUACGAGACUAAACUAUGAAAGGCUGCUUUUUUUAUACACAAAUGAUUUUUUUAAGUUAUAUUAAAACAAUCAAAAUUUAUUUUAUACAAAGUGUAGGGUUACACAAGAUUUUCUUCUGUGCUCCGUCUAGUCUGUGUAAUAUGUAUCAUAAAGUGUACAAUCUUAAAUAAGUCAUAAUCUACCUCUACAAACUAAAGAUUUUAAUAAAUAGAAACAGGUUCAGCGUACUGUAUCUUAGUUCAUCAUAGAUUUCAAUGGAACUCGUAGAAAUGGAUAAAAGUUUAAAAAUCAUCAUUUCUUAUAUCAUAUGUAAAGUAAUAUUGCAGCCUUUUCAUCUCGAGACAACUUUUAAUCCAAUCAAAGUUCUCUUCACAUUAUUUAUUUGUAGUAAUUUAUGCAAAUGUUUUAGUUAGUUAUGAUAGAGUUUAAGCCUUGCUAAA